UCAAUACUUCAGUUGCUCAACAAAUGUGCUCAAAGUUAAAUAACUUAGAAGUAAUGAAGACAUCCAUACAUUUUAUAUUGCUUACUUUGUGUGCUCCAAUUCUAGGAAUAUCCGUAGGUAACAACACCUCAGACAUUAACUGUGAGACCAGUGACGACUGUAGCUCGGACAAAGUGUGCUUGGACUUUAAAUGUGAAGACCCUUGCCUUGGCGUAUGUGGCUUUAACACCGUCUGCCACACAGUCAACAACGUUUAUAUGUGUGCCUGUAAACCAGGUUAUAUAGGCUACCCUUUCAGUGGCUGCUAUCAUGAAGGUCACAUACUUUUAGAAUGUACAAUGAACUCGGAUUGCCCCGAGGAAAUGGAAUGCAAGAACAAACACUGUGGGGAUGUCUGUAAAAACGCUUGUGGACUAAACAGUCAUUGCAAAGGCAUCAGACAUCGUCCAGUCUGCUCUUGCAGUCCAGGACAUGUUUGGGAUCCAUUCUUAGGAUGUCAAAUACAGAAGAUUAAAGAGUGUACAGAACAUUCGGACUGUCUCUCAAAUCGCACUUGCAGCAAUUUGAAGUGUGUCGACCCUUGUGACAGUGUCUGCGGUAACAACACAAUCUGCACUGUCGAGAAUCAUACGAUAGCUUGUGCUUGCACACCAGGAUUCAUCGGCAACCCUUUUCAGAACUGUGUAAGUCAAGUAAUUAAAGAGUGUACAAUGGACGAGGACUGCCCCUCAAAUCACACAUGUAAUAAUGGCGUGUGUGCUGAAACUUGUAAUGCAGUCUGUGGCUUGAACACUAUCUGUAUUAUCAAAAACAAUCAUGCUGCUUGCUCCUGCAAGCCCGGAUUCGUUGGCAACCCUUUCCUGGAGUGUGAAGUUCAACGUACCAUAGAAUUACAGAAGAAGUACUAUAUUGGAAAAGUUGAGGUGACAUGGACUACUGCUAUUGAACGAUGCCGCAGUAAGGACAUGUAUUUAGCUUCCAUUACAAGCUCGUCAGAACAGGACGAUAUAAAGAGAGCAUGCAAUGAAUCAGGAAUAGCAGGGUUAGUGUGGGUAUCUGGAUCUGACCUGGCCUCAGCAGGUGAGUAUGUGUGGAACUCUACAGGGAAAGGUUUUACGUAUACCAACUGGAAAUAUGGAGAGCCAGAGGUCUCGGAUGAUUAUCGAUGCGUAGCGCUCGAUACCUUUGAUUACAAAUGGCAAACGAGAGGAUGCAACUUUAAACGCUACUAUGCCUGUGAAUAUUUUAGAUGUCCAUCAGAAAGCCACAUUAAAUAUUCUAUUUAACAUAUGAUACAAAAAAUCCAAUUUUAUAUCAAAGAAUGUUUUACAAAGUAGGGUAUUCUUGUAUAAGCCUUCUUAAUUUAUUAUACAUUGUGUAAUUGGUUUAUUCUUAAACCGUUAUUGUUCUGACUGUUUGGAAUUCUAUACCUUUCUCAAUAUAUAUAUAUAUAUAUAUAUAUAUAUAUAUAUAUAUAUAUAUAUACUUAAGAUUUUUCAUUUAUACCCAUGCAUUUUUUGCGUUCCACUGUCUGUACAAAAUAUGAAAUUUGGAUAAUUUUUAUGAUUUAAUUCCAAUGUUUGUCCUUAAUAAAUAAUUUUCCAAGCCCA